ACUGUCUCUGUCUCCUGCAUCUUUUUCUCUGAAAUUCUCCCAUAAUAGACAUUAAUAUAUAUACACUCACAAAAAACACUCAGCAGGUAAGAAAACAGAAACAUGGGCGAAAGUAGCGCGCAGCAGAUUGUGAAGGUCGGGUCGCGCGAGAAUGGUGUCCAAAACAGAGAAAAGGAGGACGAUGACGCCGUGGAUGAGGAGGUCGCAAGGGUUCUCAAAGAAGCCCUCAACGAAGAUAAGGCGGUCGAAAGAGUCGACAUUUCCGGGCGCCAGCUGACGUUUCUGCCGGAACCCUUUUGCAAGAUUCCUUGGUUGGUGGUUCUCAAUCUCUCCCAGAAUCACCUUGAGUCCAUCCCCGGCUCGGUUUCAGGACUGGAGAAACUGGAGGAGCUGAAUUUGUCAGCCAACUUUCUGAAAAGCCUACCUGAUUCGAUUGGCUCGUUGGUAAAGCUCAAGAUCCUGGAUGUCUCAAGAAAUAAACUAAAGCAACUCCCAGAAAGCAUUGCUCGUUGCAGGUCUUUAGUUGAGUUAGACGCGAGCUUUAAUAACUUGAUGUUCUUGCCAUCAAAUAUUGGUCAUGGAUUGGUGAACCUUCAAAAACUUUCUGUUCCGUUGAACAGAAUAAGAGCUUUUCCGAAUUCCAUUUGUGAGAUGAAGUCAUUGAGAAGCUUGGAUGCUCAUCUCAAUGCGAUCCAUAGUCUACCACACGAUAUCUGGAAGCUGACGAAUCUUGAGGUCUUGAAUGUCAGCAGCAAUUUCUACGACUUGACAGAAGUGCCUGAAACAAUUGGUGAUUUGGUCAGUCUGAGAGAGCUGGAUCUUAGCAACAACCAGAUUCGAGCUCUUCCUGAGACAAUUUAUCAGCUUAAGAAUCUUACUAAGCUUAACGUCGACCAGAAUCCACUUGUUAUUCCUCCCGUGGAGAUUGUGAAUGGCGGGAUCAAAGCUAUCAAGGGAUACAUGAUAAAGAGACGGCUCGAUGCAUUGGAAGCUGAAAAGCAGCGGGCGAUGGCCGAAGCUGAGAUGGGAUGGGUGGCAUGGGGCUCGUCCAUGGUGUACAACGUUUUCUGGGGAGGUCCUCAGAACGGAUAUCUAGGAGCCCAGAACGAUCCGUGUUUGUAUGAGCAGCUAUCAUCAACACUGAUGGAAUUGGAGGAUUCUCCAGAAAACAUGUCAACCAUUUCACCUACAGCAUCGUCCAAGUUGAUAGUAAGGGAACCACAAGAGAAUGCAUCACACUGACGAGGUUUUGGUUCAACAGUUAAGGUUGCAGUUCGAUAAAUAAGUAUGAUGAUAUAUGUGUUUGUAUAUCAUCAGAUGCGAGGGUAUUUGACAUCUUUAUGUCAGUUUAUUACAAUUUGUUAUUCUUUUAGUUACUAGCUAAGAGUAUUUGCAGUUUGGAUAUCAUCUGAUGUGCAGACAUCUGACUGUCUUUUUCUUGUUAGUUCAUUAUAGUUUUUGUUGUUAUAUUUACCAGCAAAGAGCCCGUGCGUUGCACGUGACGAAUAUUUUUUGUAAUAAGAAAUUUAACAAUAAAAGUAAUGAAAAAUGUUACUUCAUUUCUGAA